AUUUAAUUUGAAAAUGUCAAUAUGCAGAGUCGUCCCCGAGAACUCUUAAAAAGAUUUAGGCCCCGGGUGACAAAAAGAAUUGGGCCAAAAAUUGUGAUUCUGGGGAAAUGAAUUUAAAAAAUAAAACAAUAAUGCCAGAGUUAAGACUUGAACUUGAGACCACUACAUCAUUUUAAAAUGGCUUUUUCCACUCCACCACCAACACUUUUUGGAUAAUAAAUGGAUGCAUAUAAUAAAUAUAUAAUUUUAUAUAAAUAUAAAAGCUUAUAAAAUCCUUUCGGGCCCUUUGAAAAUUUGGGCCUCGAGCAACGGCCCGGGUUGGCCGGCCCAAGAGCCGGCCCUGUCGAUAUGUUCCUACAACUAAUCUUGUAAUACACGUGAUCCUUGGAGGCAUUAGUGGUUCAGUUAUAACCCAUUCAUUUACGAAAGGGUUAUGUUUUUGUGAUAAUUUCACAUUUCCCACUCAAAGCUUGGUAUAAUAUAUAAUAGAGUAAAUUGCCAUUUUCGUCCCUGAGGGUUGGCCAGUUUUGCGACUUUCGUCCAAAGGUUUGUUUUUUCCGCAUCUGGAUUCAAAAGGGUUGAAAUCUUCUCUUUUUCAUCCAGCUCCUUAAAUCCAUCUAUUUUUCUCGCUUAAGUCAGGGGUAUUUUCAUCUUUUUUGUUAACUAAAAGGGCAAUUCGGUCUUUUGAAUACUUGUAGUUUAAUGAUAUGGGUAAAUAUGAAAUUAUAUGUUUGUGGAAUUGAUAUAUUUGAAAUUAAUAUUUUGGUUGGUAAAUAUGACUUGAUACAAGGGUAUAUCAAGUGUAUUUAUAAAGAUUGUAUAGCAAGUGAAUGAUGAAUAGUUUCCACUAUAUUAUUAGGACCUAAACAUUUGUUUGUGUUGUAUUAUAUAUCAAACGGGUUAAACCAAAACAUUUAGCUUAAAGGGGAAUGCACACAACUAGUUGAAAGUCACACAAAGUCAUUUCUCUUAUGACAUUUUAAAUUGUUCUUAUUCAACGAAUUUGAUUAUUGUUGUAAUGAUAAUAUUUUCUAAUCAUAACUAACAUAAUGAAAUCUGAAACCUUUUGAAAAUGACAUAGUGCAUGUGGGUCAACCAAAUUUGACCUUGACUGUUUUGACCCGCACUAGAAAAUAAUUCUUUGCGACCAACUCGACUCUAUAGUUACUUAAUUUGUCCAUAAUUUGUUUUUUGUAAUGCAAGCAGUGACGUUGACUUUGACGUGAAAUUGUUUUCUCAACGAAUUUGAUUAUUAUUGUUGCCCGCUUACCUGUCAUUCUUAUGUAAUUUUUUUAACUAUAUGACAAGAAACUUAAAUUUUUUUCAUCAAACACAGGAAAGCAAAAUCCUCAGGUUUUUUGGGUUUAUGUGGAACACCCUAUCAUUGGUCAUGGAGGCUGUAGCCAUCAUGGCGAUUGCACUCGCCAACGGCGGUGGUAAGCCGCCAGAUUGGCAAGAUUUCGUUGGUAUGGUUUGCCUGCUUGUUAUCGACUCUACCAUCAGUUUCAUCGAAGAAAACAACGCUAGAAACGCUGCCGCUGCACUUAUGGCCGGUCUUGCAUCUAAAACCAAGGUUUUGAAGCUACUAUACUGGUUCCUGGAGAUAUUAUCAGUAUCAAACUUGCUGAUAUCCUUCCUGCUGAUGCGCGUCUUCUUGAAGGUGAUCCCUUAAACAUUGACCAAUCUGCGCUUACAGGAGAAUCUCUAUUGGUCACCAAGAACCCAUACGAUGAAAUGUUCUCCGGUUCAACUUGCUAGCAAGGUGAACUUGAAGCCGUUGUCAUCGCUACUGGUGUCCACACCUUUUUUGAAAAGGCUGCACAUCUUGUGGACAGCACAAACCAAGGGGGACACUUCCAAAAAGUUCUAACCACAAUUGGAAACUUCUGUAUCUGCUCCAUUGCUGUUGGAAUGGCUGUUGAGAUUAUCGUUAUGUACACAAUCCGACAUAGAGAGUACAAAUCUGGGAUUGACAAUCUUUUGGGGUUGCUUAUUGGUGGAAUUCUGUUUGCUAUGCCUACGGUUCUUUCGGUCACUAUAGCUAUCAGAUAACACAGGCUUUCGCAACAGGGUGCGUUCACUAAACAAAAGACUGCUAUUGAAGAAAUGACGGGAAUGGAUGUUCUUUGCAGUGAUAAAACCGGAACUUUGACGCUAAACAAGUAUACGGCUGAUAAGAAUUUGAUCAAGUUAACCAAGUUCUGUGAAAUAAUUGUUAAUUUCAUACAAAAAUUUGUGUUUUAAUUUUUGUCAUGGUAAUUAUUUGUUUGGUUUAUUAUUAAUCAGACUUCCUGCAAAAACAAAGUUUGUUUUUGAACCCUGGUGGAAAUGUUAAAGAUAAGAGACUGUUAUAAUUGAAGAGGUAAACUCAGUCUCACUUUUAUACAUUAA